UGUUUACUCAUCAGGAUUCCUCGACAAUAUGACGACUUCUUCCCUUCCUGUUUUAGAUAACAGCGACCCCCGUCUAAAACUGACGGUGCAAAACAGAAUUAGAAACAUUUUUGUAACACAAUCGGAAGACUCCAGACACAGGAAGGAGGACAAUGUCAACCACAUACCUGUUGUGACAGAGACUUCAAGCAGAGUCCUUGAGGCAGGAGUGAACACUUUGCAAAAAACCCUGGUUCUGAAGAAGCAGGCUGAGUUGGACGAGGUGGACCAGCAACUCACACUCAAACGGAAAGAGUUUAAGAACUAUGUGGAGGCUCUAGCUCAGAGGAGGUCUGAACUGGAAAUAAAGCAACAGCAGACUAAAGAGAGGGCGAUGAAGUUUGAGAAGUUUGUGGCUGAAAAUGAAGUGAAGCGACGCCGAGCGUUGAAGAAGUAUGAGGCUGCACGGGAGCUGAACAUUGCGAAACAGAGAGAGAUAGAAGAUCUGACAGAACAGUUGAAACAACUUAGAGCCAGACAGCAAGUUUUAAAGGAGAGAAUGGCAAAAUACAAAAUCUAUGAGGACUACUUGAUGAAAACACUAGAUUAUCUCCCCAGCACUUACCUUGAUAAUGGGUCUGAAUCUUUGGUUAUGCCCAUCAUUCGGCGCCACGAGACCCUGUCCAUCACCCACCGGGAGCUGCUGCAGCGUUUGGGGCGUCUGGAGGAGGAAGUGGAGCAGGGGCAGCGACAACUGCAGAUCAUGAAGCAGGAGCACAGUAUUAAAAAACUGAUGGCCAAUAAGGAACUGUCUGAACUCCAGAGUGAGUUAGAAACCCUCAAAGAGAAGAACAAGCAGGCAGAGGUUAACCUGCUGAUGGAACAAGGCCUGUCCAGAGAGAAGGUUGAGGAAGUGGGUUGCUUGCUUAUGGCCAUCAACAACCUUGCAGAGCAGUGUUAUCUAGCAGCAUAUGGACCUCUGGAAAACAUGAACAUACUGACAAGGAUGGACAUGGUGAAGGAGUACAUCCAGGACAAGGCAGACACAGAGAGAAGAGCGAGAAGACUGAUGGAGUCGGGGUCUGCCAUGACAAGUAGAACAGCCCUGACGGACAAAAGAGAGAAGGCCAUGAAGAGCAUCGGCAGUAAAACACAAAUUAAAAGUUCAAGUUAAGUCGGUAGAAAGAGUGAAACAAUGAGUUGAUGUAGAUCUUUAUCAACAUGAUGUCACUGCUUACAGUAAUCAAAGUUGUUGAGAGUUAAAGUUCAUUUUUGACCUCGAAAGCAGUAGUUUGACAAAAGAAAAGUAAAACAUGACAAGUAUGACAACUAAGAAAACUACAUCCGAUGAUGAAGAAUUUGAGAUGCGUGAAAAAAAAGCAAGUAAGUACAGUUUCAGUGUUAGAAACUCUUAAUGUAAAAUGAUUUGCACCCAAUUCUGCACCUACAGUUUCAUACAGAUUUUAAAAAUAGGGUGAUCAAGUGUAUUCGAGCAUCAGAAGUUUGUAAAUGUGUAUCUCUGGAAUGUGGAAUCAUUGUUGCAUUUUAAAAAUAAAAUGUUUAAAAUCAACUGAUGCUGUCAGAUAGGAAGUGAUACCCAUCAAAACAGCACAUGCAAUGGUAUGUAUGCAAUUUCUAUCAGAUUUCGAUUAUACUAACAGCAAUGAGAAAAGAGUAUGGACUCUCUGUGAUAUCUUGAAUGUAUCUAUUAAAUACAGUAAAUAUAUUGCAGCAGAGAGAAUCUGACUUUUCUGUUGUAAAUCCUACAUAUCAUGCAGGACCAUACGUUGCAUCCACUUACUUUUUCUGUUCUGUAUCUACCACAAAAGUUUGUGUUUUUGUACAAGACACCAAGCAUUAGCAGCAAUGCAUAUGCCUGCUCCAUGUUGCCAGACACUGCCAUACAGGUUUUCAUACAGGCAGCCUUCUUGUGCAGACAGUGAUCACCAAUUAUGUUUCAAUGCUACUCCUCUGGGCAAGUAGCAAAACAUACUCAACAUAUACCUUUUAGGCAUUUAUAUCAAGUAGUAAUCUGGGUUGUCAGGCUGUGAGUACAUUUACUCAAGUAUAGGCUACUGAAGGACAAUUUUGAAACUUUUGAACUUGUACUUGGCCCAAUUCACCAAGUUGUUUUUAAAUUAAUAUUUAUUUUAUGAUAUUUUAUAGGCUACUACUACUUCAAUACAUUUGAGGGGGAAAUAUUAAACAUUUUACUCCACUACAAUAAUGUGACAGCCAGUUAGCCUACUGAGAUUCAAAUAUCAACAGAUGAUGAAUUAUUGUACAGGCCUAUUAAGUAAUUA